UUCCGCUUAUGCGUGUCUCUCUCGUUCAGUGAGUUGAAUGACUCUGAAGAUAAAAUAACAAGUUGCUCAUUGAGGCUUCACCGCCUUCACCAAUUUCAUUCCCUUUCCACUCAUGCUCGACGGAACACAAGACCACUUGUUUGAUGAAAGUCCUCCUCGGACACUAAAAUACUCAGUGACAAUUCUCUGUGCAGAUUCUCAGUGACAAUGCAACUACCACAUUUUUAACACCUAAUAAUGGACUGUGCAGUGUCAUUUUCUAGUGUGUACUUCGUUCCGUUGCGAAGAACCGCUUUCGCAGCACAUUCAAAUAGGAGAAGAAGAACACCACCACCACCACCACCGAAGCACCUUCGAUAUCCACGUCGUUCCAAGCCACCUCCUGAGUUUGGUGUCAAUCAGUUCCUGAGGAAGCCUGAUACCGCCCCUAAACCUACGCAGCAAGAACGUAUUGAUUUCGUUGAAGUAGAGGAAGAAAAUGCUGAUGUUGUUUGGGAAUCAGAUGAGAUUGAAGCCAUUGCAUCGCUUUUUCAAGGUAGAAUACCGCAAAAGCCUGGAAAGUUAGACCGAGAAAGGCCUCUUCCUCUUCCAGUUCCGCAUAGGCUUCGACCGUUGGGAUUACCGACACCAAAAACACUAGUGAAGUUGACAGCUCCAGCUGUAGUUUCUGCUCGAGCUUCUAUGGCUAAGAAGUUGUUUAAAAGCCCGAGUUUCCUGGUUGGGUUAGCCAGAGAGAUUGGUAGGCUUAAUCCAGAGGAAGAUGUAUCUAUAGUUCUUGGAAAGUCGGUGCAUAUCCUGCGGAAGGGGUCUUUAUCGCUGACUAUAAAAGAAUUAGGCCAGAUGGGGUGCCCUGAGAGAGCUCUACAGACAUUCUGUUGGGCUCAAAAUCAACCUCAUCUCUUCCCAGAUGAUUGGAUUCUGGCCUCAACUGUUGAGGUCUUGGCCAGGAAUCAUGAGUUGAAAGUUCCAUUCAACAUGGACAAGUUUACUGGUGUGGCGAGUCGUAACGUGUUGGAGGCAAUGAUAAGAGGUUUUAUAAAAGGAGGAAACCUUAGACUUGCGUGGAAGGUGCUAGUAACAGCCAGAAGGGAAAAAAGAUUGUUGGAUCCCAGCAUUUACGCAAAGCUAAUAUUGGAGCUUGGAAAGAACCCUGAUAGAUACAGACAUGUGGAGCCCUUGUUAGAUGAACUUGGAGGACGAGAUGAAUUGAAUUUAAGCCAGCAAGAUUGUACUGCUGUAAUGAAAGUCUGCACUAGGAUGGGAAAAUUUGAGGUAGUUGAGAGCCUUUUUAGUUGGUUCAAGCAGUCCGGGUGUCAACCAAGUGUAGUUAUGUUCACUGCUGUAAUUCACAGCCGCUACACAGAGAAGAAAUACAGGGAAGCAUUGGCUGUGGUUUGGGAAAUGGAGGCUUCAAAUUGCCUCUUUAACCUUCCAGUUUAUCGUGUUGUAAUAAAGCUGUUUGUUGCUCUAAAAGACCUAUCUAGAGCCAUGAGAUAUUUUUCAAAACUUAAAGAAGCGGGAUUUUCUCCCACUUACGGUUUAUACAAAGACAUGCUUGAAAUUUACAUGGCCUCUGGGAGGAUAGCAAAGUGCAAAGAGAUCUGCAAGGAGGCUGAGGUAGCAGGUUUCAAACUGGAUAAAUAUCUAGUGUCACUUGAUUCCAUAAGUAAAACACUGUAGAGUCUUAGAAUCCUCCAAGCAUUAUCAUUUUUUGCAUUCUGAAUCCCGAUUGAUAAUUUAGCGUCUACUAUUCCAUUUGUACAUUGUCAAACAUAAUGAAUUCCUUGACAUUUAUAUGAUUAUAAGAGAAUAUGCAGCUGGACCUGGGAUUGUAGAGGCAUCAGACAUCCCUGCAGCUAAGCUAGUGUGGAAGAGAAGUGACAAAAAAAUCAGUUACUUCCAACUAUAGGACAAUAGAAUCUGUUUUGUUUGAGAAAGUGUUUUCUAUUUUCACUUGAUGCUUUUAAUAUUAAUUAUAAAAAAUGCCAUUUUAUCCUUACUUCCCCCCUAUUUUAAAAGAUUUU